AUGUGUGCAGAACCCGAACCAACUCCUUCUAGCACUUCAAGGAGAAGAGAUGAUGAAUCAGAGUUCAAUUUGAGAGAAUGGGGAAUGAAAGGUAGAAUCAUCAGCAGAGAGAACACCAACUCAAGAAGGUAUUCAGGAUCAUACAUGAGAAGCUUUAGAGAAGACACAAGGUCUUUCAGAUCAAACAUAACCAUUUCUAGCACAGCUUCUUCACCAGGAUACCCUUUAAAAGAUGAAAUAGACCCUUCAACAUACUCAUUCACCACUGCUCUUAAAGCAUUGCAAGCAAAAGCAAGCUAUAACAGUUGGGAAUGCUUAUCCCCAGAUGGGUUUGCAUUGAAUUCAAAGUGGAAUGAAGCAGAAAAGUACAUAUGCAACCCUCUCUCAGGAGAAGUACCAAUGGAGUGUCUAUCUGCAAAAACUCUUAGUGGAAGAUCAUUCAGAAGUUUCACAAACAGAAUCACCAUGUCUGCUCCUCUAGUUUAUUCCUCUUCAAGACAUAUUCAAGCCAAACCAUCUAGUCUCAUAGAAGAAGAUGAAGCAGCUCCUCCUCAAUACCCCAUUCCAGAGAAGAAAAAAGAGGGAAUGACAAGAGAUGUUGGUGUUCAAAGCACACCUCAAUAUCUUAGUUCAAGCAGUCCUAGCCCUGCUUCAACACCUUCAAUCAUAGAAAGGUCAAAAAAUAGAGCUGCAGAUUCACCUAAUUCAAAUGCCAAAACAAAAUCUGAAGAAGAGGUGGAAGUGAAAGAUACAGAAACAUGGGAGACAAAAGAAACAGUUCAUCAUCAAAGAGGAAAGAAUGAUUGGAGCAAACAUGAAGAACAACUUUGCAGAAGGCAAGGUGGUUGCUUUUCUUGGAUGAUGAGGAAGAAUAGGCAGAGAGACACUGAAAAACAAAGAAGAAAUAGCAUCUUUCUCAUUCACUUCAAAGGUUGCUAAAAUAAAAUAAAAUAAAUAAAUAAAUAAAUAAUUGUAAUUGAUGAUGACAUAAUUUGUUUUUCAUUUGAAAAACAUCUAAACUAUAUACUAGUUUAGAUAAAAUUAGAAUUAGCUAGUCUCUUAUAAGUUGAGUUUAAUUUUUAUAUGCUUAAAAUAUAAAAAGUUUGGCACUCUCAUUCAAU